AUGAAAAUUGUUCUAUAUAUAUUUAUUAUUUUGGAAUCUGUAAUGGUGAUUUUCAGUUAUAUGACGUUCACCAAUCUAAAGUGCGGCACAAAGGAUAUUCGUUUUACCAAUUUUGAAAAAUGUUAUAUUAAGGCUGUGAACCGUACUCACAAGUACAUUGAUCUUCAUGCAAAUCUUUAUCAAUUACCAGUGGAUAAUGUAACGGUUAGGGUGAAGUUAAUGCGUCUUGAUCAUGGCUAUAAGCCAUUUUUCGUAGACGUAACGAUCGAUGGCUGCCGGUUCCUUAAACACCAAGGAAAUCCAAUUUUAAAACUGUUGUAUAAUACAUACAAGAACAGUACCAACCUUAAUCACACAUGUCCCGUCAAUCACGACAUAAUUGUUGAUCAUCUUUGGACUGGAAAUGUUGAUUCGGAUAUCAUGAAACACAUCCCAAUAAUGAAUGGCGAUUAUGCUCUUUAUUCCGAAUGGUCUGUUUAUAAUAUUGUUCGUGCUUUCGUAAAUUUUUACGUAAAAAUAACGCCAGGGCGAAACUAA